AUGGAAAUCGAAACGCUGUAUAUAUCGGAUGUGCCAAAUGUCGAUGAAGAAGAUCUGUUGGAGCUCAUUGAGGAAGAAGACGUUGAAGAAGAAAGAUUAGAGGAAGAGGAGGGGAUAGAUAUCCGUCAACCGAAGAACAAUAAAACUACAUUCGUUGACCAUCAGGACCUGAGCUGUCGUGGUUUGAACGCUCUAAAAGCGGUGGUCAAGAAGUUUAUUACGGAAUCAAGCACUGAAGAAACUGGCACUGAAUCGCGUAUUCAAAAGCACACACCUAGAAAUAUCUCAUGGACAACCGAGGAAUACCGAGUAUUACAUUGA